CGUGAACCCUCAUGCUUACACAUCUAGUAUAUUUACCUUUUGAUCUUGAUUAUUUUUUUAAAUCGGUUGAGCACCCCUGCAAGUGCGAUGGGUACAUAAGCACAGCAAGGGAGAAGAGUUGAACAGUGUUGAACACAGUUCGUCACGAACAUCUGAUACAUAGACAACCCCGCUGACGUACACAGACGUCUUCGUUGCUCGACACACAUGUCAUUUACAUGCCAUCCAGGAGUUGGCAAGACUAAUCGCUGGUUGGAAAGCACCCUCGACCAAUCCUACCAGCCGGCAGUCUGUUUUCGCACUCAGAACUUCAGGAUCUAGAGCCCUGAGGAUUUUAAUAAAUUUUCUUAACUCGGAUAUAUAAUACAUAAAACGGACAAAUCUCGUGUAUUUACGAACACGAUAAAUACACUUUUUUUUCAUUUCCGUUUUUUUAUUACCAUCAAUCAGCAAUAGUUAUUCAUGCUUUUCUUGACUUUCCUACCAACCCCGUCUGAAAGGUGCUCAUUAAAUAGACUCAUGAACGAAUCCAGAAUAUGAAAUCUUCUCGUGGUCAAAAUAAGCAUAGCGUUAUGCCAACUCACACCUGGAAAGUUGCCGCUGCCGAGGAUUUCCAAAUUCCGUCCGUUCAAAUCGAAGUAUCCAAAGCCGAUAUAUUUUUCGGGAGAAAAGAUCUGUACAAAAACACCAAUGUUCCAUUUAAUAUAACAAUGCCUAUUGUACAGCCUGGUAAUUUUAAUAAGACUACAGACAGUUUGUAUUCGGCUCUAAAACCGAUUAUGGUACUGGCACAGUGCUUCGCUUUGGUACCCGUUAGUGGAGUGUAUUCCAAAGAUGCAUCGUGCCUCAAAUUCAGCUGGAGAAGUCCAAGAAUCCUUUACCAGUUCAUAUCAUUAAUUGGCGCUGGAAUAUUGUAUAUUUGCAGUAUGCUGAGACUAUCUGUAACUGGAAUCACUUCGACAAAAACUACGAAUAUUGUCUUCUUCGGAAGCACCUGUAUCGCUUCGUUAUUAUUCCUCCGGCUUGCCAAGCAUUGGCCAUGCUUAAGUAUGGCUUGGGAAGAAGUCGAACGUGAAUUGUCAUCUCGAUAUAGGAGAACUUCAAAAAUCAGUUUGGCAUUUAAAUUUCGACUAAUGACAGUAACCGUGAUGACCUUGGCAUUGUUCGAACAUGUACUGUCCGUUUUGGCUGGGUAUAAAAAUGCCCUGGAAUGCGCUAAAUUACGUGGCGACACUAACAUCGUUUCUACCUACUUUCAAUCUCAAUUUCCUCAGGUAUUUGGAGCGACCUCUUACGCUCAUUGGAAAAGCAUACUGGUGCAGAUUGUAAAUUCUCUUAGUACCUUCUCUUGGAAUUUCAUGGAUUUAUUUUUGGUACUUAUGAGCUUUGCAUUGGCGGAUCAAUUUCGCCAAUUGAAUAAGAGGCUGUACGAGGUUCGCGGGAAGGCCAUGCCGGCGAAAUGGUGGUCCGAAGCUAGAAGCGAUUACAAUAAAUUGGCCAGCCUGACAAGAAGAGUCGAUGGACACAUAUCGUAUAUCGUUUUGUUAUCAUUCGCCAGUAACUUAUACUUCAUUUGUAUCCAGCUUCUCAAUUCAUUUAGGUAUGUUCCAACGAGAGACACGAUACAAACAGCCUACUUCUGGUUUUCCUUUGGAUUUCUUAUUGUUAGGACUGCUGCAGUGUCCUUGUAUGCUGCCUCUGUACAUGACGAGUCCUUAUUACCAGCGCCGAUCCUUUACAGCGUACCCGACAGCAGUUAUUCGAUUGAGGUGGUAAGAUUUUUGACGCAGGUCACUACUGACAGUAUAAGUAUAACCGGUAUGAAAUUCUUCUCGAUAACGCGCAGUCUCGUUCUGACAAUUGCUGGAACAAUUGUCACUUAUGAAUUGGUACUCGUCCAAUUUAAUACGGUACAACAAACUGAUCCUGCCUCCAUAAAUUUCACCGAUGCUUGCGGAGUGAAGUAAAAAGCUCGAAUUUUCGUUCUGCGAGUUAAAGAG